AUGGCUGCAUCCGUUUAUGCAACCCCACCGCCCGAUUUAAGUAGUGAAGACACAGCACUUAGUGAUGUCUCCAAUUCGUCUCAAAUCAGCAGUUCAAGUUCACAAUCUAAAGCUACAAAACGUAACAUUGCUAGCAUCUUUUCGGGUUCGCAUGCAUCGUCCAAUGCAUUCGAUUCAGCACAAAAUGAUCAAUCGAAAAAGCGACGCAAGCAAUCAACUCCAAUUCGCAUAUCUGCCAUAAAUCUAAGCUCGAAUUUUGCUCUUAAUAUUGGAGGUGGUGGCAAUUCAGAUGUUGGUGAUACGAAUGCCAAUAUCAAUGCAAGUACUAGUAACAGUACCAAUAGUGGAGUUGACGCUGAACAAAAACUGCCAAAGCAUGUUAUACCAAUGCUGGAGCAACAGGAGCAACAAAAUGACGAUCCAAGCUCUAUGGAGGUCUUUGAAACAGACAUAUCAUCACUCAAUCGGUACCAAUCAAGUGAACAUUUAGCCAAAGGGAACAAGAUGGAGAAACAGGAGGAAGAUGAGGAUGACACCGGCGCUUAUACUAGCGCCGAUAUUGAGGAAGGGGAGCAAAAAGAUUCAGUAAGUCGAGAUCCAACGAAGAAAUGUGGGCAAUGUGGUGAACAAUUUGAAUCCGACGUAAAGUUGAAUGUCCACAUAUUGAAAAAUCAUAAUUCAGAAAGUAACGAUCCAGAUAGGGACAAUACACAUCAAAGUGAUAUUGAAAACAUCACAGCGAAAAUCAAAAUUGAGCCGGAACUAAUGGAGUCUGGAGCAAAUGAGAGCCGUAUCAUGGCAAAUAUGCCGAGGCCUGAAGACUGGCUGACCAUGUCUGGCUUGAAUUUUCCGUUCCCUCCAGAAGCAGCAGCUGCUGCAGCCCUAUCUGCGAGCAACUAUUUAUCUCAACUACCUUUGUUGAGCGUGCCACCAGUAGGGGCAUUCCCAUCUGUAGAAGGACUUUCACGGCCUCCUUUACGUAUUUUCAACCCAGAAGCCUAUUGUGAUCUAUGUAACAAAGAAUUUUGCAACAAGUACUUCCUCAAAACGCACAAGGCUAACAAACAUGGAAUAUACGAUCCAGCCAAUUCGACAAAUGAAUCUCCAACCGCUAGUCAAAUAAACCAAAUAUCACAAGUACUACAACUGCAAUUUCAACAGCAACAACAAAAUCAGGUUCAGCAGCAUCAGAUACAAAAUCAACAACAGCAGCAUCACCACCACCAGCCCCAGCAGGAACACUCUCCUUCUACUGCUGAAGUGGCGGUAUAUUGCGAUAUUUGCCAUAAACGAUUUACCAAUGUGUUUGCAAUGAAACGGCACCGUAAUAAGGCUCAUGAAAUUCCACCCCCGAAUAGUCCACAUCAAAUCAAAACGGAAAUCGAUACAGGUGGUAGCAAUGACAAAGAAAACGCCACACCAGUACGAAUGCCAGAAGGAUUUCGAGAAGAUUUCGCAGUUGAACAAGAGGAUGUAUCUUUCACACCCCAGCCAAGAAAACUUUCACCAGCCUCAAGUCAGCAAGCCCGUGAGGCAAACUUUUCCGUUGAAAAGCUGAAACGGCUGGGAGUAGUCAAUCCAGAAGCAUUUUGCGAUUUAUGUUGUAAGGAGUACUGUAAUAAAUAUUUUCUUAGGACACAUAAAUUGAAACGGCACGGGAUUCUCGUUCCUGCGGAUGAUCCAAAGGACGAGAAACUACCAUGGCAUUUUGUUCAGACUACCCCCCUGAAUCUUAUGGUAGGAUCGGAGAAAACCCCAAGGAAGUCAGUUGAUUCAGAAGUUUCAAGUAAAGCUCAAAAGGCUGAAAUGGAUGAGGUGGUAUCCGCAAGACAUACUGAAGCAGAGACAAAGGGGAAGGAGAGCAAUCGUGGUUCAGAAAGCUCUGAAAAGAAUAACGCGGAGACUUCUGGUUUCCCACAGGAUCCGGACGCUAUAAGUAUUGAUCUUCAGAAGCUACAAUCGAUGAUUCUUCAGUUGAACGAUCUUGGAAAUCAACGCCCUGUCGCAUGCCAUUUUUGUGGGAAGGAACUGGAGAACCAAUACAUGCUUCAUGCUCAUAUCACUACUGAUCACUCUGCAGAUAAUAAUAAUCAUGUUCCCAAAUCUCCGCGAACCCUAUCUCCAUCUACUAGCGGCAUUGGUCAAAACGAGGUUUGCAAGCAGUGUGAUAAGGAGUUCCCUAAUCUCAUCGAUUUGAAACAGCACAUCUUUGAGGUUCAUGGACUUCCAUUAAGUAGCCCCGUGCGAGAAGGAUUCAUCACUCCUGAACGACCUGUUGCAACCACUUCCGUGAAUUUACCAACCACACCGACACAGGCAGAAAGACGGCCACCAUACACUAUUACGCCAACUAGCAGUUAUUGCGAAAUAUGCAACAAGGAACUCUGCAAUAAAUACUUCAUGAAAACACAUAUGCAGCGCAUGCAUGGUAUCGAAAUUGAGAAUGGAGCACAAAUUGGAGGAGUUGUUUGCAACAUUUGUAAUAAAGAACUUUGCAGUAAAUAUUUUUUGCGCGUACACAAACACAAUACACAUGGCAUAGUCGAAGAAGGCUCACCACUUCCACAGUCACGUCAAAACGGAGAACAACAAGAUGUUGAAGCACUGCCGUUUUCAAUAGAUCCUUCUCAGAAAACUGACCUGGCAGAUAUCAGUAAUCGAUACUUUACCCACUACACUGAAGUGUGUCCAUUGUGCAGUCGUCGCUUCCGCAGCUCAAAGUGGUUACGUGCACAUCUAAUGAGCGAUCACGGCAAAGCGGGAACGGAAAAGCUUCGAGAACUAGAACAGCAAAUGAACUUCACCAAAUCAUCUAGUCCCACCCUGAAGAUACCAAAUGGCGGUGGAUUAGCUCUAAACAAUUUGGAUCCUAAUCUUCUGGCUAAGGGAGCAUUCCCCAAUUUGAUAAUGACUGACGAGCCAGCGAACACUUCGCCGCGUCUCAAAGAAUAUCAAUGCUCAAUAUGCUCAUUUUCCACCCCAUACUAUGCAUUUCUGUUCAUCCACGAACGAUCUCAUUCAUUCAUUGCAAACCCUUCCCCACCGUCAUCGAUAAAAUCAGAAAAUGCGGUGUCGAUUGCAAAGGAUCAACAGCGUGUGGCUCAACCAUCCAAUUUGACAACGUCCUCGGGUACACCGACUGUUACACCGACAUCAACGCCAGCUCCUCAAACACCUCAAGAGAACGCCAGCGGAAUCAAGCGAGACCGGGAACGUGAAAAGGGACGCGAACGAGAUCGUGAUCGUGAACGUGAUCACGAUCGAGAUCCAAUCAACAUUGCUUCACUGGGCGAUUUGGCCAAUAUUACCAACCGGCCAACGUCAUAUGCACUUCCUCAGAGAAGCACUGAAUGUGAGAUAAUGCAGUCAUUCCUUAUAGAGGAGUUCAUACCUGACUGCAAUAGUCAACAUUCAUCGGCAUCAUCGCUCAAUGGUGGUAGCAGACCCAAUGGCAUGAUUAACAUCGGAAACAGGUUUGUCCCAGCUCUUGUAUUUUUACCAGUUAGGGAACGUAUCUCAGGUGCAAUAACAGUAUCAUUUACACUAACGCCAGCAUAA